CAGACAAGGUAGUUGUCUAGUUGAGAAAUCGAGAAACCAGCGAGUCUUCAGCUAAAACCUAACAAUAUGGACGUAUCAGUAAACUCACAACACAUUCCCCAACUACCACCAUAAACGAUCUAAAACCCCAGGAGCGUGCUCCGAUUUUCCAACUCUAAGGCCAACCAAACCAAAUCCAGCUAAGUUAUACACGACUGCAACACUUUCUCUGUCUACCGGAAAUGACUCCGACCGCGAUCCUUGCUGGCCUGCUCCUCCUUGUCUCCAUCUACUGUGCGACAGACCCGUUCAACCACGGCGCUAUCUCCGACUUCCCGGACUUCGUUGCGCACAAAAUUGAGCUGCCUCCUUGGGCGGAGGUCCCUACAGAUAGAGACACCCAGAAUUUGCUGCAAAAAUCGGAAAUCAAGUUCCUAAACCAGGUCCAGGGACCCGAGAGCAUGGCCUUUGACCCGCAAGGACGCGGGCCCUACACUGGCGUCGCUGAUGGGAGGAUUCUGUUCUGGAAUGGCGAGACAUGGACCGAUUUCGCUUACACUUCCGACAAUAGAUCAGAUUUGUGUAAUCCAAAGGCAUCUCCCCUGAGUUACAUGAAGAAUGAGCAUAUAUGUGGUAGGCCUUUGGGGCUUCGAUUUGAUAAGAAAACUGGUGAUUUAUACAUUGCAGAUGCAUAUCUCGGGCUGAUGAAGGUGGGGCCAGAAGGUGGAUUGGCAACAUCACUUACCACUGAGGCCGAAGGUGUCCCGCUGAGGUUUACUAAUGAUCUAGACAUAGAUGAGGAGGGUAACAUCUACUUUACAGAUAGCAGCACCAAAUACCAGAGGAGGAACUUCUUGCAGUUGGUUUUUUCUGGGGACAUUAGCGGGAGGGUCCUAAAGUAUAACCCGAAAACAAAAGAAACCACUGAACUUGUGAGAAAUCUUCAAUUUCCAAAUGGUGUCUCCUUAAGCAAGGAUGGAGCUUUCUUUGUCUUUUGUGAAGGAUCCCUUGGCAGAUUGAGCAAAUACUGGUUGAAAGGAGAGAAAGCAGGGACUUCAGAGGUAUUAGCUCUCUUACCUGGAUUUCCAGACAAUGUCAGAACCAAUGAAAAGGGUGAAUUUUGGGUGGCGAUCCACUGUCGUCGGAACUUGUACACUCACAUAUGCGCACUAUAUCCACGACUGAGGAUGGCUUUGCUCAAGCUCCCUAUCUCGGCUAAGAUUCAUUUCCUGAUUCACAUUGGGGGCAGGCCUCAUGGAGUUGUUGCUAAAUACAGUCCAGAGGGUAAGCUUUUGCAAAUAUUGGAAGACAAUCAGGGGAAGGUUGUUAAAGCGGUAAGCGAAGUGGAAGAGAAGGAUGGGAAGCUGUGGAUGGGAAGUGUAUUGAUGUCCUUUGUAGCAGUUUAUAACUUGGCAUGAGGUAGGAAAUCACUUCCGUACAUGUUAAUUCCUACCAUUUGCAGCAUGGAGUAAAAAAAAGAAACUAUUGCUGACUAGCCAUUGCAGAAACAUAUUAUAGGAACUCUUUUGGCAUCACAGUUGUCUCAUGAAUAAGAUCUGGAAGUUGCUAUUCAUGACUUGUUUCAGUGUAAGUUGUAGCUCCUACACAAUCGCAAUUUUAUGCAGACUGCAAUGACUUAAUGGUUCAAUAUCUUGUCUUCAAACUACAGGUUUGUAAAUUGUGUCUUCAUAACCAUUUUCUUCUAUUUCUGUGUUGGUAUGUAUAAUCAUGAGGAAUCUUGGACCAACAAUGUUAGUGAGAGAUAAAAUCAUGGGAAAA